AUAUUAGUCUACCUCUAUGGAACAGAUUCAACAUUGUUGUUGAUUUGUGAACAGUCUAAAAUUUUCGGUUGACAUUUUAGUCUAAAUUUACUCCAAAUUUAUUUGUGGUUUUUUAACACUAUUUCAAGACACAAAAACUUGCAAACAUGUCACAGGCGACGCCGCCGAAGAGCGCGCCGCAGCCGUGGGGGACGCUCGUGAGGCAGGUCGGCGAGUACUCGACGCGCAUCGACGAGUCCUCCACGCAGCGCAUCAGCACCGAGAAGGAGUCCUGCCUGCUGUCGGAGCUGGGCUGCCAGCUGGGGCAGGCCAUCGAGAGCAUGGCGGAGCUGGAGGACCGCAUCGGCGACGCCAAGUGCGACGUGAAGGCGCAGGAGGGCGACUGGAAGGAGUUCCGCGGCGAGCUGUGCCAGGCGCUGGACGACGCGAGCAAGCUGGCCCGCUGCCUGGGGCAGUACCGCCUCGAGGACCUGGCCGGCGGCUUCGGCCGCUUCGCCGACGAGCUGGCGCGCGCCAUGCGCGAGCACGACUGCAAGUUCCGCUCGCACCCGGCCGCGCACCGCGCGCUCUUCCGCCAGAACCGCAAGACCAUCGCGAGGUGCGCGUUGCACGGCGCCACCAAGACGGUGGCCGACCUGAUCAACGAGCUGGGGGUGUCGGUGCCGUCGGCGCAGUCGGCGCAGUCGGCGCAGUCGGCGCAGAGCGAAGGCGCGAGCUCGGAGAAAGUGCAGCAGUCGGAGCGCGCGCUGGUGGACCACGCCAAGGCGCUGGACGAGCGCGUCAAGAUGCUGGCGGCGCGGCUGGAGGAGACGGACGAGCGCACGCGCGCCCUCGAGUCGCAGCUGCGCAACCUGGAGCGCUACAACAAGAACCUGCGCGACAUGGUGGCGUCGGGCGACAUCUGCAGCCCGCGCGCCGAGCCCUCCGACCCGUGCGACGCCACGGUGGAGCAGCUGGCCGCCGAGCUGCGCCAGCUCAAGUGCAAGACGGCCAAGCUGCAGUCCAUCCUCGACAACAAGUGCGCCUGCAUCAAGUAGUCCGUCCGUCUGCCGCUGAACGUCUGGUGAGGCGUGCACAUCCCACCCCUCUCCCAGAUUCGCAUAUUUUUUUUGUUCUCACGGGGGAAUCUCACACAGUUAAUAACCAAACUGGUGUUCUCACUCAUAGCCCUACGCCCUACCACACAACUCCACGUCAACAACAAGCAAUCAUAUUCGAACCUUUGUUCAUGACCUUGAAAAUUUUAAUUGUUGAUUAAAUUUGUUUUAUAUAUAUAGCGUGACUGUACUUCAAUCUUAUGUAUUCGUAACUAUUACUACACUCCACGUAAACAAUC